GCAACUCUAUCAAAAUGUGUUUUAUAACUUUUAUAAGUUUGUAAAAAAAUGUAAAUUCAUUACUAUAAUGUCGAAUCAAACAAAGCCGAAAUGUUCGUCGUGGAGCGAAUACAAUGAAGUUACGAUUGACAAUAAAACUAAAUAUCAGUGUAAAUUCUGUGGUAAAACUUACGCACCUCAUGCAACCAGACUUCGAGCACAUUUACUGGAAUGUACAAAAAAACCAGAAAAUACUUCGCAAAAUUCAUUCGAUGCCGAUAUAAUCAAUGCAAAUUCAACCAGCAGUGUUGAGAGUAAGGGAUCUUUGAAAAGGUUUUGCGACUUGAUGUCAACUGGAGAAAACGAAAUACUCUCGGAUAUGAUGUCAAAAGCAAUUAUUGUAUCUGGUUGUUCCUUUCGUAUGUUCGAUCAUGACUUAUGGAAAGAGUUCUUCAACAGGAUCCGGCCAUCGUUCAAAAUUCCACCCAGAAAAGCGAUAGCGAAACAACAUCUAGAAAAACAUUAUGAAGAAAUGAUCUGUAAUGUAAACGAAAAGUUGAAAAAUUCAGACAACUUUCACCUCCAGUGUGAUGGUUGGUCUAAUAUCCGCAACGAAGGCAUCAUCAAUUUCAUGAUAUGUUUACCAGAACCAGUAUACAUUAAAUUUGUUGCAACUGGUUCAGAGCGCCAUACAGCUGAUUACAUUCGAAGCGAAAUAGAAAAGAUUUUACUAGAAUACGGACCGGCAAAGUUUACAACCAUAAUCGGAGAUAAUGCUAAAAAUUUCCAGAAAGCCUUGAAUGAUAUAAAAUUGAAGUAUCCGCACAUCACUCCGCUUCGUUGUACAGCACAUACGUUGAAUUUACUAUGUGAAGACAUCAUGCAAAUGGGUCCUAUAAAAGCGUUUUUUGAAAACACCAACCAAAUUAUAAAUCACAUCAGGAAGUCGCAGGUUCUCAAUUCUAUGCUGAAAAGAAGACUCAAACUGUACGUAAAAACUCGUUGGGGUACCAUUGAGAACAGUUUAACAUCUCUUCUGGAUAGCAAAUUCGAGCUUCAAUCCUUAGCUAUCAAUCCAAACGCCUCAAUGAUGAAGAAAAGUGUACAAGAUGAUUUACUGAGUGCGGAUUUUUGGACCAACGUUCAGUGUUUACGUGAAGUUCUCCUCCCAAUUACGUCUUUGAUCGUGAAAAUUGAAGGUGAUGGAUUGUACAUGCAUACUAUUAACGAAGAAAUGAAAACAUUAGAGCAUACCUUUAAUGAAAAAUUGUCAGCCGCAUCUACUUCCGCUCCGAUAUUCAAAUCUGCCGAUGAUUCAAUGUGCCAAAGUCUAAAAGCCAAAUUUAUUGCUCGUAAAGAGUGGAUGGUUCAGCCCAUACAUUAUGCUGCAGUUUUAUUGAAUCCGAAUGAUAUGGGGAAAUCUUUGAGUCCUGGUGAAUUGAUGCAGGGUAUGGAGUUCAUAAGUGAGUUCGCAGCACAAAGAAAUAUUAUCGAAGCAACAGACGCAUAUAACGGUGCUGUAAAUGAAUUAGCAGAUUAUAGGUCCAAAGCUAAUGCCUUCAAGCACGAUUUUCUUUGGAAAGCAGCCGUAGAUUCAAAAAUGGAUAUCUUAUCAUGGUGGAGAGGCUUGUGCGGGCAUACGAGUUUAUCAAAAAUAGCGGUUAGCAUUUUAACAGCUGCAGUAACAAGCGCUGCUACUGAACGUUCUUUCAGUACGUUUUCUUUUAUUCAUUCAAAAAAAAGAAAUCGGUUAUCAACAGAGACAGCAUCGAAGAAGCCUCUACUUCGAAGAAUCAGAAGAAUGGCAAAAAACGUAGCAGUGAUCCACUCAGACGAAGCAUUGGUGUAAGACCUGCAAAAAAACGAAGAGCCAAAGAGUCGCCCUUAUCUCCAAUAGAAUCCGAAGAGUCCGAGUGUUCGUCCGGUGAGUCAGAAGAGGACUCCGUGUCAUAUGCUGAUACUUCGUCGGAUGAAUUAGAAUCAGACCACGAAGAUGUUGUUAUAGAUAUUGAUAUAGACGCGUAGUUGUAUUGUAUGUAGACGAUUAUGUUCAUUUACUUAUAGAUUAAAAUAUGGAUUGACUGUUUGUCUGUUUAAAAAAAUGAUGAUUG